UCACAUUCAUCCAUUCAAAUCUAGCAUUUCUUCACUCACUUUUCUUGUAUUAAGUAGCCUUAUCACUAACAGUACACAGAUAGGGAUUAUAUGGAUUGUUUCAGAACUUGCCUGAUCCCUCUCCAAAGAAGAGCCAAAACCUUUCUGAAAGCCAUGGACAACGCCAACAAAUCCAAGAAAAAUGAAGGCAAGAGAUUGUCUUCCACUUUUGAGUUGUUAACUCCGUCUUUUGCAGCCAUGGAAGUUCACAAUCAGUUCAAACAAGUUUUCAAGCUUAUCGACGCGAAUGGGGAUGGGAAGAUAUCAUCCUGUGAGCUCAGUGAAUUGCUUCUUUGUCUUGGCUUUGAUAAAUCAAAAGCCACUUCGGAAGCUGAAGGAAUGGUGAGAGAAAUGGAUUGUAACGGAGAUGGAUUUGUAGACAUGGACGAGUUUAUCUAUACUUUGAACGAUGACGGGAAACUUCGUGGGGUUGGUGGGGAUAACAAGAAAGAUUAUCUCAUGGAUGCAUUUCUAAUUUUUGAUGCUGAUAAGAAUGGAUUAAUCUCCGCGGAAGAGUUGAAGAAGGUUCUAACUAACCUUGGAUGUGAUAACUGCAGCCUCAAAAAAUGCAGGCGUAUGAUAAAAGGGGUUGAUAAAGAUGGCGAUGGCUCUGUGAAUUUUGAAGAAUUUCGAUCAAUGAUGACAAAUACUUCAAGAUUAGCCAAUACCAUGAAGUAAGCCGUGCAUUUGUAUUUCCUUGCUUCCUGAUCGUACGUACGUUUUUAAGUGCAUUCUAAUGAAGUUUCUAAUUCGUUCAAGGAUUAGAAGCAGAAAUCCAAUAUUACUUGAAUAUCAAAAAAAUAUGGAUGAAGCAGGAAAGUUUUGCUCAUUCCUUUGCAAGUGUUGUCAACUCUACUGUUUUAUUAAGAUAUCAUGAUUAUCUUCUAUGCAAGUUGGGUUUCAAGCCUGAUUAGUGCAUAUAAUUGCUGAAAGUAUUUCAGUUCAAGGUGUAGUUUUCUUGUGAAAUGUUUAGUGCACGCAGUACAUUCUGCUUCACUUA